UUUGAGGUGGCGAAGGUUCUGCGCAUGUGCAAACCGGAACCGUGUGGACUAUGAAAGGAGAGGUAAACAGCUAACAGUUAACGUGUUAAACGGAUUAAAAUGGACGCACAGAAGGACCUACAGCCGCCCAAGCAGCAGCCUAUGAUCUACAUUUGUGGAGAAUGUCACACUGAAAAUGAAAUUAAGGCCCGUGAUCCUAUCAGAUGCAGAGAGUGUGGAUACAGGAUCAUGUAUAAGAAGAGAACAAAGAGAUUGGUUGUUUUUGAUGCCCGAUGAAGAAGAGGAAAGCAGCAGGUUCAAUUAUUGUUUUGUUUACUGUUUUUUCUUGCAUUUGAUUGUGUAAAUAAAUCCACUUUGAGGCCUGA